AUGCUGCAAGGUGAUGUUGGCUUGUCGGACGAGGAGCCAUGUGCAGCUCCUCCCGUGCGGGCUCAUGCUGUCGACACAUUGUCGGAUGACGAGGAUGUGAGGCCAUCGGCUUCGGAACCUGCUUCUGGCUCGAAGCCCUCUGCAAGAAAGCGGAAGGCCGGAGCGCUUCGCAUAGUGCUCGACUCAGAGCGAAGCCGUUUGGGCCGAGUUGUUCAAAAGGCCUGCAGAUGUCGUGCAAGAAAGAACUGCUUACAACAAUUCCAGCCUCCGGAACUACAGAAGCAGUUGCUGGACCUGCGCUGCGAGUUGAAAACUUUGGACAAGCGGGAUGCGGACCAGAAAGUUUUUGAUAUGCUGCAGGGCCCCGGCUGCGUCGGCCGAGCUGCAUUGGCAACACGUCAGCGGAAGCUCCUCGGGCGUGAUGUGUGUCAUUAUGCAUUCCGCAUCUUGCUUGGGAUUGGAAGCACUCGUUUCCGGACUUUGCGGAAGGCAGCUCUGAACUCCGAACCUUGUCCUGUAGACGGCCGCUUUGUGGGACAAAAGUUUACAAUGGGCGGCAUUUCCAGACAGCUGCUUUUCAAGCAGAGGGGCCUGGUUACCCAGUUCCUCCAGGAACAGUACGAUCAGUGUGCGGAGCCAAUGCCGACUGUCUCGAGAGGCGGCCGGACCCAGCCCCUCACUGAUGGCCACAGAGCUAUGCGGUUUCGCCGGCAUCGUGGACGGAGGCCCAAGCUGGCCACAGAACAGCAAGGUUUGGCCCGAAGCAGCGAUCCAGCACGGUUUCGCCAGAUGCGGUACCUUCCACCUGGAACCUUCAAGGACUACCACAACCUCAUGAAGGCACGUAUGGUGGGCACUGAGACGCCGCCGUCCCUCAAGCUUUUCCGCCUAGUUUGGAGACAAUCGUUCCACCAAUGUUUGGCCAUCAGGGAGCACUCGGCGCACGGUAAGUGCAACACUUGUGUUCGCCACAAAGCCAUCCUCAAGAAGCUCAGCCGGGACCGUGUAGCACAUGCUGCUCAAAUGCAGCUUUACAACGUGCACCUUCGAAGACAAUACAACGAUCGUGUUGUAUAUUGGAAAGCACGAGCCCAGAGCAGAGCAGCAGCGGUUGGCACCAAUGGCUACCAGACGAUCUGCCUUAUCGUGGACGGAAUGGAUAAAUCCAAAUUCCGAUGGCCGAGGUCGCUGGCUAUGGAGGCGAAAGAGUUCAGUAAUUUCGUACGGCCGAAUAUUGAGCUUGUCGCCUGCAUUGUCCACGGCCAUACCGUCGUCCUCGCCACGAGUGAGCAGUGGGUGUGCAAAGAUUCAAGUGCAAUGGCAGACAUUAUCUUGCAUUCUUUGGGCCGGCUGACCGAGAGCGGCAUAGACCUCAGACAGUGCGAGAUCCUGUGCCAGGCAGACAACACGGCACGAGAGUCGAAGAACAAUACAAUAGUUCGACUCCUCGCUGCACUAGUUGCUGCCAAGAAAGUCGGGCGAGCCGAAGCACGCUUUCUUCAAAGUGGCCAUAGCCACGAGGACGUGGAUGGCUUUUUCGGACACGUGGCCGCAAUGCUGGAGGAAAACAACGAGCUCCACCUGCCAUGUGACUUCCGCCACAAGCUGCAGGCGUUCCUCGACCAGCCUCAGGCUCGGAGCAGCCUAAAGUCUAAACGACAAUCUGACCACGGUGUCAAACUCAUCUACUUAUUAGUCGUUCAAAGUAGGUGGUCUGCCAAUUGCCAGGCUUCAGCCCAUUGCCAGCCAUGUCUGUUUGACUCACUGUUCGGCAGGUCAGAGUCCACGAACGUGAGAAAGUCGUCGUGCGGCUAG